ACACCGCUAGACGCCGCCACAUUGACAUGCAAUUCAUCAGUUUUUUAGAGGCGUGAGCGGCGUGCGCAAUGAGUCCGUGGGACGGGGAGAUGCUGUUUAUUGUAGGUCUUCAUUCGCUCUUUCUUCUCUAGUUACUUUCCUCUUCACGAUACCCACCGCUACCUGUGCGUGAGAACCGGGUCGAUAAGGCGGGGCAGGUGCAACCCGCUGAGAACACGGACUCCUUCCCCAUCGGGAUAGUGACCGACCAACCCCACCUGCGGAGUCUCAUCUGCGCCACGGGUGCACAAAUAGAAUGUUAUGCAACAAGCACACCUUCAGCUAGUGUGUCACUUACUCGAGUGGGUACCAGGUGCAUCUUCAAGACUCAAAGGAGAGAAACAAUCUUGUUUUAAAGGCACACAUCCACGACGCUCUCUCCCAAGAGCAAAUCUGUCACUGUGCAAGCCACACAAGCAUGCAUGGUGAAUUUAUAAGUUUUAUUUGGCAUGAAUGUUUUGCAUUGUCAAAGCAUGUUAUAUGUGCAUGCAUACAGUAUACACACCAUAACAGCUCCAGUGCUUUCUAUACCCCAGCCCACCCACCCCACCCGUGGGGCAAUGUCUCAAAGCACGUCACCGCGCGGUUGCGCGCGCGUGUGUGUGUGUGUGGAGGGAGAGAAAGUAGAUGUGCAGACAACCUGCUCGCGCGUAAUUCUAGUAGGACUCUCCGCCGAGCAACGACAUAAUAAACACUUACGGAACCGCAAGAGUUUACCCGGCGGAGUAACAAUAACCACUGAGAUCACGUCAGCCUAUCCAACCAGGAGAACAUCAUCAGUUUGCAGCCAUGUAUCUGAACAGGGAGGAGGGCUACUACAGCAAAGGCUCGAUCUCAUUGACGGUGCUGUUGGUGUCGUUGGCUGUGACGGUGUGUGGCGUUUGGCUAGUGGCUCUCUGCGGCGUCUGCGGAUGGUGUCAACGUAAACUGGGGAAGAGGAAUAAACCGGGCGUGGAGUCAGUGGGCACUCCUGAUUCAGGAAGAGGAAGAGGAGAAAAAAAAGCCAUCAAUGAUCUAGACAGAGACUUUUGGAAUAACAAUGACAACAGUUCAGUACAGCAGCGAUGGAGUUCAUACCCACCCAAGGAGUUUGUACUAAACAUUUCUCCUUAUGCCCCUUAUGGAGACCCUCGCCUCACACUCAAGUGAGUCUCUGGUCAAGCUGGUAAGAGACACCAACCCCAAUCCCAGCCCUACCCCAUCUAUACUAGUGAUGCGCGGGUCGGGUGUUUUUCCAACCCGCGGGUCCUGCAUUUAUGAAACUAUUUGGGCCGCCACAGCCCACCUCGCAUCUAUUUAACAACCCGCCUGCACCCGUGACUAUUAAAAAGACAUACUGUUGUAAUGUAAGUGAAGACUUUAUUUGGUAACACUUUACUUGAAGGGGUGUUCAUAAGACUGACAUGACACGUGCUAUUAACAUGAAGGAGAUUUUAUGCACAUUUAUGACAACUGUCAUUAAGUAUCAUUUGUUCAAUUUUUAAUUGCAAAGAUGAAUUGUUUAAAUUGUAUUUGUUAUGACAACUUGACAUAAACCAAUACAUCAUAACUUAAUAAAUCUGUCAUAAACAUGACAUAGCAAAAUAAUGAUCAAACUUAAGAAAAUGCCUAGCUGUAUUGGUUAACAUUACAUUAAAAUGUCAUUAAAAGUGUUAAUACUAUGUCAAAUAAUUUUAAAUACCUUAACAAAAUGCAAUAGACAUGUCAAAAGAUUAUACUUAAAUUUAUGUAUGUGCACAAUAGAUAAAAACUGACAACUAACAAAACUUUUGAU